AUGAAACAAUUUUUGGAUCAUCCUAGGGUUCAGGAACAGUUGGAGGUGUUAAUGAAUUCAAAUGAAGUUUUGGAAGAUCAUAGUAUUGAUCCAAGAAAAAUAUUGAGUCAUCCAAUUGUUUCAAAUCAGUUUCAUGAUCCUGAUGCUAUUAUUUCAAACCCUUUAGGAAAGCCUUCUCCUGUUUGUUCAGAUCAUGCUUUGGUUAUUGGUGAAUCUUCUACAAGCAUUAUAGGUUUUACAAAUCCAAAUGAUCCAAUUCGUCUUAACAGUUCGGCAGAGAAGCAUAAGGAACCUAUCAUUUUUCUCCAAUACCAAUUCAGUCUUAUAACAUCAAUGCCAAGCCAGGGAAAAGUCUAUGAAUCUGCCAAUGGAUUCGUUGGUAUAAGAUCCGUGAUGGAGUCUUUCAUAUCGGGUUGUAGGAUUCAUAGAGGUUUUAUUGAUUUAUGGUCUGCUUUUCUGAAUGAUCUGGAAAAAUAUAAAGGUCACACUACCUCUUCAAGGUUUUUCAAGCCAUGCUCACUUACGGUAUGAUCUCUAUUGUUUUUUAAAUUUUAUAUUUUCCAAUGUUUUUAAUUUUGUUAGACAAAUAUUUUUUUCAAAAAGAGGGAUAAUAUUAAUGCAUG